AUGGCCCCUCUUACUCUUUACUCCAACCCCGUCGGCCCUAACGGCUGGAAGGUCGCUCAGGUCCUUUGCAUGCUCGGUCUCGAGUUCGAGACCGUCAUGAAGGACUUUGGUGAUGCCGAGAACGGUGUCAAGCACCCCGACUUCUUGAAGAUCAACCCCAACGGUCGUAUCCCGGCUCUCGUUGACCACACCGCUGACGACCUCGUCAUCUGGGAGUCUGGUGCUAUCAUCAUGUACCUUGUCAAGAAGUUCGACAAGGAGCACAAGCUCUACCCCGAGGGACUUAAGGAGCAGGCUCUCGUUGACACCUGGUUCUUCUACCAAAUGGCCAGUUUCGGACCUUACACCGGACAGGCUGUCUGGUUCAAGGUUCUGAUCGAGAACAAGGAGCCCUACGGAACUGAGCGUUACGUCGGCGAGGUCCACCGUCACCUCAAGGUCCUCGAGCAGCAGCUCACCCUCCCCGACUCCCAGGGCUGGCUCGUCCUCGGCAAGUGCACCAUUGCCGACCUGUCGUUCCUGCAGUGGGUCCGCUUCCUUUACAGACUCGGAAUCGACACCGAGAAGGAGUACCCUGCUGUCCACAAGUGGAAGGAGGCUAUGCUCGCCUUCGACGGCGUCAAGGCUUCGACCGUUGGUGAGGUCUGGGUUCCCGCAUAA